GUGACGCUUCUAGAGGAACUCCCAGCUUCUCCAGUCACACAGCGCCUCUCCACCCAUGAAAACACCGGAGCGAGGGAUUCAGACCACACUGCGGGGAUAAUAACCACUACAAUUCAGAAGAGAAGUCCUUCAGCAUUUCGACGGCGGAGGGGUGCAGUGUGUGAAGAAGAGCUGAUGAGGUGAAGAAAGGUGGUUCAACUGUGGUUCAUCUGCUAGCCUGUCUAUUGGCCCUAACCCUGAGUGAUCCUUUCUCCCCCCCUCCCCAUCGCUUCAAGAGGAGGCUGGGCUCCCUCUGGGUGCAAGAAACACCAUGUGCCAAAACUGGAGAGGACUCACCACUGCCCCAUAGACCGCCAAACCUCUUGUGAAGCUUCCCCUCUAGUCUGAGGACCCUCCUAAUCCUCCACAUUGCCCACUGGCCAAGAUGAAGAAGGUGGCAGCAUGGUCGGCGGAGGACGUCUCUGACUGGCUGAGCAAAGAGGGGAUGCCGGAGUACAUAGACGCCCUGCGUCAGACUGACGGUCCUUCUUUGCUCCGGCUCAACGCGGCAGACGUCCAGAUGCCUCCCGUCUCGCUGGUGUCGUCCGACGGCGGGCAGCAGCUGUUGGAGCGACUGGAGACGCUGCGGAUAGAGACUCACAUCGAGGCACACAAAAAUGGCCAUGCGAAUGGGCACGCUGGCGGGCUACCUAACGGAACUAGCAAGCCUCAAAGGAAUGGCACGUUGGGGAUGAAGGACUUCAGGAUGGAGAUGGUCCACAUCCCCAUCCCUACAAUAGACACUAUGUGCACCUCGUUCCCCAUCGAGUGGGGGAAGACGGGCAUAGCGUUUCUCUACGCGGUGGUGUGCUUUGUUACCACCACCAUCGUCAUUUCAGUGGUCCAUGAGAGAGUACCACCAAAGGAGCACACCCCGCCGCUGCCCGAUAAGUUCUUCGACCUGUUUAACAGGGUGGAGUGGGCCUUCUCCAUCUGUGAGAUUAACGGCAUGCUGCUCGUGGGACUCUGGCUGAUACAGUGGAUUCUACUCAAGCACAGGUCAAUUAUAGGCAGGCGGUUCUUCUUCAUUGUGGGCACACUCUAUCUGUACCGGUGUAUUACAAUGUACAUCACCACUCUGCCUGUUCCCGGGAUGCACUUCAAAUGCUCUCCAAAGCUUCUCGGGAACUGGGAGGCACAGAUGAGGAGAAUAAUGAAGAUGAUUGCUGGUGGGGGCCUAUCCAUCACAGGCUCCCACACCAUGUGUGGAGAUUAUCUGUAUAGCGGCCACACCGUCAUGUUAACACUAACGUACCUCUUCAUCAAGGAGUAUUCCCCCAAGCGGUUCUGGUGGUACCAAUGGUUUUGCUGGACCUUGAGCGCUGUAGGGAUUUUCUGCAUCCUUCUGGCCCAUGACCACUACACUGUGGAUGUGGUUGUUGCAUACUUUAUCACUACACGCCUCUUUUGGUGGUACCACACUAUGGCCAACCAGCAGUCGCUGAAGGAGACGUCACAGAGUAACCCGUUCUCGCGGGUGUGGUGGUACAGACUGUUCCAAUACUUUGAGGAGAACGUCAACGGCACGGUCCCUCGUAACUAUCAGCUGCCGUUGUCAUUGCGAUCGUUGCAGUGGAGCCGCGGCGUGAAGUACAGCAAACUGGACAUCCAGUGACCCAUAUCAUGUCAAAGCAGGCGAGGACUAUGACUUCCAUAAGUGCUGUUUUUACCCAUGGAAGAUGGCCCUGUUAAAUGUAGCGCUGUCCUCUCACCUCUGGUAACAGCCACAUCCCUGUCCAAAUGGGUAGCACUGUGACCCACCUAGUAUUUUUUUUUUUUUUCCUCUAACUGUAUACAUAAAUAUAUAUAUUAUUUUUGUUUUUUCUCAUUCUCUUCUGGUAGUAUUUGCCAACACAGAGCACUAAUUUAUAUUUGUUUUGUGUCUUUUCCUCUUCGUGGGCCACACAACAGUUUAUGAAGCAUUUCGACAAAUCCUUUUUUCCCUCUCUGCACAAAACCAUAGUUAACGUCUUCACGUUCUUACAAGAUUUUUUGUGCAAAUGGUGUCAAUCAAAUGCUCAUUUGAUAACCAAAAUGUCAUAAGCAUUUUUUUUAUAUAGCAAAAAUUACUUUUUGUAAACUGUCCUUGCUAAAAUGAGUCAAAGGUGCAAAAAAAAAAAAAAAGAUUUUUUAAAGUAUGUCAAACUUUAUUUUUCAAAAACAAAUGAUGUCCAACAAAAGAUUUUUAGAUUUUUACCUUUUUCAAGAUGGAUAACUGAGAGCAUAAGAAUCUAAAGUGGUAGAACAUUAUUCCAGUGCCUUUCUUAGCUUGAUUGUAAAACAGUUCAAGUACUACGUGUCUUGUGUCUCUCUGAGGUACUUAGUCUCGUUCCCAUGAAUGUAAAAACAACUACGCCAGCCUUACCAGAAAAUUGGUUCUCCCAAAAUUCAGUGCAGUGAGUGAAAUGUCCCGUUUAUUUAUUGACGCUUUACGAUGUCAGUUUGUGCUUAGUUGGUUAAUGCUGUUCUAACAGAAAAUGACUGUUAAUCGUAUUUUUCUUUAUGUCUGUAACGUUUCGUUUUUACAAAUCAGUCUUUAACCAACACCAGCCAUGUUCAAAGCCCGAUCAUUGAUGCUCAGUUGUCCGCUAGCUUUACUUUCCAACACUACAUUAUCUGCUAAACAUCACUGCCUGAUUGGAAAUUUGGAGAAAACAUGUCUCUGAGGUACAAGUUAUUCUGGACCUGGACAUAUCUUGUGCAUCAUUGCAGCGUCUCUUGCUGAGGAGAUGACGAGCCCCUCUCUUGUUCCCCCACAUUGAGUCCCAUUUUGAAGUCACAAUUAUCCUCAUUACUGUCCAGUCUUGUAUGUGGUGGUGAUGAGAUCCAAGUUGUGAAAAACAGAAACUUCAAGUAAAGUUUCUGAGCAUGUCUGUAAUGCAUCUGUACAUUGUGUGGUUCCUCUCGUACUAAAUCAAGCUGCUACCUUCAAGUUUGAAGACGGUGUAUCUUCCUACAUUGCCUCCUCACGUGCAACGCCAAAACUAGAAGUAGCAAACACUCAACAUGGAACUUGUGUGUGGGGAAGAAGCUGAAGCAUGAUGCACAGGAGAUGGUGAUAUAUUUGAUCAUAUAUAUUGAUUUCCAUGAAUGUGAAAAUGCGUCCUUUUUUUUCGAUAAUCCUAAUCAUGUAUGUUUUGGUUUUUUUUGCUUUUCUUUGUGUAACUGUGACUGAACUGUAAAGAAUAAGUAUUGCACAAGUUCAUCUAUAGGGAAAGAUUUUUAUGAACCUUUAAUUUCAAAUGAGACUGAUAAGCUUUGAUGAAGAAAAACUGCACUAAGCUUUAGAUUAUUCAUAUCCCAAAUAAACGAUGUGAUUCAUGUCUUUAAACAUUUUCAAAAGGAAGGGGGUAGGAAAAUAACAUAUUGUCCAACUUAUGAAGCUAAUACAUUUCAACGCAAACAAGAGUCUUAAUGUUCGAGACAAACGACAGUCCAGGCUUACCCUCCUUCCUGUAGCAUUGUCCAAUCAUUUCACUGGAACAAAGAACGGUUUCUCAGUUUUUAAGAGCACAGCAGGUUCUUCACAUUCAGCCAAUACUUUGAUUUGAGCUCAUGUUUUAAGUUAACGGUCCAAACACGGCUCUAAUAUUUUAGGGCUUUGAUGAGAAUGAAGGUUGGAGUUAAUGUUUGUCUUCUAGUUUGCCAAUCAAGUUUUUUUUUUUUUUUUUUUUUGUUAUCCUCGUAUGUUCCUCUGUAAACUUCUCACCCACGUUGUCCCUUUUUUUUGUGUGUAUACCAGAUGUUUGUAAGAUAUGAUAAAGGAUUGUACUUGGGACGCUUUUGAAUAAAACCUUUUACUAAAAUGUA